GAGAGUCAUCUCUAGACUCUAGACUAUUCUUGGCUCUCAUUUCCAGUCGUCAUGAACUCUAGAGCCGCUGGCUUGUAGAAAAGCAGCAAUCAAAAGUCAUGAAGACAUUUCCGCUUUCCAUGCGGAAAACUACAUCCGAAGAAUACUAAGGCUCUUGUCUCAGCUGUCAGUUGCGAAAGGCACCUGGCUCGUGGCUCGUGGCUCGUGUUCCUGAAGUACGCUGUCUCGAAGUUUGAAGCCUCGAAAGGCAGUACCCAAUCUUGGUAGGGUUGCAAUCAGGCUGACAAUAGAAGGCCAUCCUAUUGUGAAGCUCCUCGUGGACAUCUUUACCAGAACUACAACGCAUAGCGAUAUAGUAUGACGCGCUAUUGUAACAGCAUCAUGGAUCGACUCUCCAUUCUUACAAUCCCUCGCUAGGCAGCUCAACCCCUCAUGCCACGUGGCACGAACGGUCCAGAUGGAUCGAGGAGCUCAAACGCCAAUGGCGUCACUCCAGUUGGCGUUGAUGACACCGGAUCGACGAGACCCUCUCGUCUCAUGGCAGCUACGCUCCAGAUCCUCACUCUCGCCUCGCUCUCCCUUCUUAGACCGUGCUGGCUUCACCUCCCUUACAUUCUCUCCUGCAGCUGGUGGCUCGCGUCUCGACCCCAACUAUUACACUUAAGACCGUUCAGGCGCCGUGCCUUACUCCGCACCUACAUCGCUUUUCACAUCCUCGCCUUGAUUCUCUUCCAGCUGCCCCUCUCACGAGAAUGGCGGCUGCUUGUGCAAUGGGGGCAGACACUUGGCCUCUUCCUAUUGGACGUGAGGGAGAUUCUGGACCCCCUGCAGGUGCUGCAUGUGCUGGAAACGGCUCUGCUUCUCUCCUCCUUCGCAUUGCUAUCUCCCAGCCAUCCCUCCCUCACGUCCUCCCAUCGUUCUCCCCGCAAUCGACCAUCCUCAUACCCAACCACAUACCAAGCUCCAUUCCCGGACCGGCAACCACGCCCCAGCUCAGGGCCCUCGCAUUCCUCCCAACCCUCUGGCUGGCUCGGGCCGAACCUGCCUUCUCUAGCCUCGGAAGCAUCCCAGCUGCUGUAUCUGGUGGUUGAGGAGGAGGAAGAGGAGGAUGCGGCUGGGGAGGGGGAGGGGGAGGAGGAGGUUGGGAAGGAGGAGGGGUUGGAACUGGAGCAGCAGGAGGAGAUAGCGAGGAGAGUAUUAGCAGCUAGAGUGGGGGGGUUGGGAGCGGGAGGAGUGCAGUGGAGGAGAGCGCAGAAGAGAGGGGAGGGUGAGAGCAGGGAGCAGCAGGGAGGGGAGAAAGAGAGGAAUUGGGGGCGAGAAAGGGAUGUGCCAACAGGGCAUGUGAGAGCAAGCAGUGGUGGUGGUAAUAGUACCUUGGCAUCUGAGGCGACAAUGCCGUUGAGAGGAGUGGCAGAUGCUGAGGAUGAGAAUGAGAAGAGACUCAGGCGCCAGUUUACUGCCUUGUCUUGGUCAUCCACAUCCCAGCGAGUGGGUGCCACCCUGGUUGUUUUCGGCCCCGCCAUCUGCACGGCAUCGCUUGUCCUCUUCUGCCUCUCCUUCCAGUGCCUCCUCGCCUGGCCUAUCCUCGCAUCCCUCGUCCUCCUUCUCGUCUCCCCCCCCUCUACAACCGCCCUCUGCUACACCCACCGCUGCUUCCUUCGCUACCUGCUCGUAUGGCUUGUGGCUUCUUACUUCGUCAAUAUCACACCCGCACCAGACCUUCCCUUUCCCACCUUCUUGCAAGCCAUUGGUCUGCUCCGCUUCCCCAAUCCAACCCUUCCCCUCGCUCUCCACUUCACCAUGGCACUCCUGUCAACGGCCUAUGUCUUCGCUUGCACUGCCACCCUUGCCUCCUCCUCUCCCUCCUCCCCUUACUCUUCCUCCCCCGCGCACUUGUCACUUCCCCAUGCUACUACUGUCGGUGGUCGAGUUGGUGCUGAUGGGGAUGCUGGUAGUGGUGCAGCUUACAGUGAGUCUGCUGGUGAUGGUGGUAGCAGCAGCGAGGUUCGCAGUGGUCUUCUCGAUGGUGUUGCUGGUGGUGGCAGUGGCAGUCAGACAACUGCUGGGCUAGCACAGGACAGUGGGGAGAUGGUGUUUGGCAUCCCAACACAGGGCAGUGGAGCUGAGACUAUGGCAGUGCCGGCACAGGGCUGGCUCUGCUUCGUGGUGUCCUUCUCCCUCUGGGCCGCCCGCCUCUUCGCCUUCUCUGCUUUCAUCCUCCUCGUGCUCGUCCACGUGGCUGACAAGCUGGCCCUCCUACGCGCCCCGUAUGUCCUGCUGCUCGUGCUGCUGCUGGUCUACCCCUCGCGAGCGCAGGCCGUGUAUUCAGCCUGCAUCGCCUACUCCUCCCUGCACCUGCUGCUGCUUUUUGCUGCCACGGAUCCUGUCUUUACUCACCUCCCACUCCCGCCCUACUGGAAGAUCCUUCUAUCGCUCCUAGGCAUUCCCCCCACCCUCUCGCCAAAGGCCAUCACCCCGCCAGCAUGCAUCCUCCUGCUCGCCUAUGCCAUGGCCCGCGCCCGUUCCGCCCUGCAGCAGUCCCUUGCUGCCACGUGCUCCCUCCCCCACAAGCCGUUUCUCUGGCGCCUGCUGGAGCUAGCCGCCUGCUGCCCCCCUCCCAUGGCGGCUGCUCUCCAGUUAAAGCCGCACCCUGACAGCCUGCUUCUGCCUCCCUGCAAAGGACCUCCCUGGCCGUAUCUCUGCUUGGCAUAUCCCUCGGCCUUAGCAACGGAGGCCAACACCUAUCUCAUCCUCGCUGCAUUCUUCACCAUCCUUACCUGCACUCGCCCCUCUGCCGUCUCUCUCGGCUUCCUCCUCCUCCUCAUUACCUGGCUCUGGCUCUUCCUCUGGCCCUCCUCCUCCCGAACCUCCUCCCAUGCUCAAGACGCCUCUGAGUGGCAGUCAUCUUCCCGCGCCUCUGCCUUCCAAACCUCCACCUUCCGAGCCUCAGCGCCAGCUUUUCGAGCCUACAUGGCACCAUUGACAGCCUCGUUGGCAGCUACAGUGCUCCUGCUUCGGUACUGCAGCCUGUACCCCGAGUUACGGUCCCUCUUAGCCGCCCACUUUGGGAUCGAUUUGUCUGUUCUGGAGCGGCUUGGGCUGUUUGCCCGGCUGGGCACGCCUGUACACGUGGCAACUGCUGAUUGCGCCACGUUGUUGAUCUGCCUUCGCGCGUACUUCUGCUUUGAGGCGUUUCCACAUGUGCAGCAAUGGGUGGAACAGCAGCAGCAGUAUCAACAGCAGGAGCAUAAUUCUCAGUUACACCCAACCAGUCAGCAGGGGGUGCAGGUUUCAGGUGCAGGGGCAGCAGCACCUUCCACAGUCACCCCCCUCUCUGCCCCCCCCACACGUAAACUCCAUCUUAGUGCCAAGGGCUCAAAAUCCUUCCAUUUCCCUCCCCCUGCUGCUGGUUCUGCAGCUGGCGCUGCUGGUGCGAUUGAUGCUGCUAUUGCAGCAGCAGCAGCAGCUCCGGCACCCGAAGCAGAUACUGAAACUGGAGGAACAGCAGCAGCAGCAGGGGUAACCACCACUCCACCCCCAGUCAUCUCCUGGUCCCGUGAUGAAUACCCCCUUACAGGCUUCUUCGGUUGGGUGGGCUUCUUCAAACGCCUGCUCAUCCUACACUGCCCUACCAGCCUCCCUUGCGCGGCCUUUUUCGCUGCCCUGUAUCCGGUCAGCGCCAUGGGGUUUGGCUUCCUGCUGCUGGCAGUGCUGGGGUGCCUGAGGCUGAAGGCUAUGAGGGGGACGCCUAGGGCGCUGUUCUUGUAUGGAGGGGUGGCGCUGGUGAUGGAGUUUGGGUUCCAGGUGGUGGUGACGCAGUGGGGCUUGGAGGCUUGGGUGGAGCAACACAGUGCGAUUCUCCAGUGGCUAGGCCUAGGCUUAUAUGGAGACGGCACCAUGGGCACUUCAGCAGCGGGCCCUAUGUGGGCUUUAACGUCUGGAUGCACGGCCAAAGCAGUGCUCCUAGCAGCCUGUCUUCUCCACCAUGCCUCCUGCCACUGGCUCACCGAACUUCCCUUGGAGCUUCAGACCGAUCCUAAGGGCGAGGUUUGCGUGCUGUUUGUGCCUCCUGAAGCUGUGGCUGCGGCUCGGAACGCUGCUUCGGUGCAGAUACAGGAGAUGGUGCAGAGAGGGGGAGAGGAGGGACGAAGAGAGAGAGGAGCGGGUGGAGUGGGUGGAGUGGGUGGUGUAGGCGGGGCAGGAGGAAUAGGGGAAGGAGGAGGAGGGGGGCCAGGGAACGGUAAGGUUGCAGAAGAAGUGGCUAAGACAGAACCUCAAGAGUCGGUGUUGAAAUUGGAUGAGGUUGCUUCGAUUGGCAGGGAGGGCGGAGGAGGCGACGGGGGAAAUGAGAAGAUGGGGAGGGGCAUAAGUGGGGGAGGAGGAGCAGGGGGGACUAGAAGAGCCCACAAGCUGAUAAGCUUUCGGUCGUGGAGUGUGGGCGAUCUGCGGUCUGCUGAUGCGUCCUCCUCAGCCUCCUCCUCCUCUUUCCUUCUUGGAGGGUCGGGGAGGCGAGAGGGGAAGGUGACUGGUGGUGGUAAACCAUUGGAACGGCAUGACGAGGACCAGGAGAAGGAGGAGGAAACAGUGCAAACCGACAGGGACUCUCAUGUGAAUGCGAGCUAUGAGGGUGAUUCAGUGUUUGGUGAUGAUUACUAUGACGGGUAUGAUGACGAGGAGGAGGACGACGACGAGGAGGACGAGGAGGACCAAUCAGAGGAGGCGCAGCGGUAUCGGCAGCAGCUGCGGUCGAUGUGGUCGUGGGUGCAGAACACAGUGGCCCACUUCUUCUCCCUCUAUGGCGUUCAGGUGGUCGUUCUGUGCCUUCUAGUCGCCAGUUUCGCCGUGAAGAACAUCGUCUCUCUCCUCUACACUCUAGUCGUCGGCCUCUGCAUCGCCCUCCCUUCACGCUUCGUCCGCCUGCUCUGGCCCCUCCUAGUAGCUACCUUCGCUGCAAUCACCCUCUGGCAAUACUACAUGCUCGCCGGCCCCCCUCCCUUGGACAACCCUGCACCCCCUCCCCCCAACAAUCCCGCACCUCCCCUCCGAAAUUCUCAAGGAUUCAACCGCUUCGUGUAUACCAGUCACUACGCACCAAAGUCUCCACCACACCAGCCGUUAGAGGAGUUUCCACCUCUGCUGCAUCCCCAGCACCCCCACCAGCCAUCCAAGCACCCCUUCUUCCAACGCGACAAUUCAGAGGGGCCCUAUGAGGCCGUUGCCUCAGCGACCCAACUCAUUAGAGGCCCUUCAAGGGAAUUACAUUCCCCUCUAGGCACCAAACGCUCUCUCCUUGGCGUUGACUCGGACUCACCACUACAAGAAUAUCCAUCCGGGCCCGGGGCCGGGCAUCUACUAGAGUAUCCCCGUAGCAGUCGCCCAGAAUCUCUCAAUCUCAACCCACUGCGAGCCUAUCUCCUAGGGUAUCCCCAUAACAGCCUCAGUCGCGAAUCUCCUGGUUUGUCGCUUUACAAGACGAGCGGAUUGUCCCACAGUUUGUUCAGGGGAUCUCGCCGCCCCCACCCGCCCAAGUCCCACAGCCGCAACUGCCAGGACUGCUGGCUCAGCACGGAUUCCCGUGACUCCACGUGCUGGGACUGCUGGCUGGGUGGCAUCGUGGACGACCGCCGCAUCCUCUGUGCCUACUUUGUGGUCUUCCUCCUCUCCUGCUUCCUCCUCUCUCCUUCCUCCUCCUCCGCCCCCUCCUCCUCUUCCUCCUCCCAAAUAAACCCGUCCUUCCCACAUGAUACAGCACCGCACCUCACCCGCUGGACCUCCCUCCCCCCGCCAUCCCUCCCGCCUCUCGAAACCCCCCGCCCCAUCCCCUCCCCAACGCCCGCCCUCCCUUCCCCCCUCCUCCUUUCCUCUCCUCCUCCUCCUCCUACCUCCCCGCAGACCCGCCCUCCUCCCUUGGCACGACCUGUCAGAAGGCCCCCACCCCAGUUGGACCUGGCUGGACCACUGGCGCUUCCUCUACUACAAGUACCUCCUAUGGAUUGUCCUGAUACUAGUCUUUGCGACCGGGACUCUACAGUACGACCUGCUACACUGCGGCUAUCUCGCCUUAUCCCUCUUAAGUACACGAAAGCACGCCGCGAUUCUCCGCGGGCAAACCACAGUGCUCACCUACCUCCGCGUUUAUAACUUUCUGCUGAUCACCGCGUCCCUAGUCUACCAGUGCCCGUAUUUCCCGUAUCUCCCAGCACUGUCGUGUAACCCGUUCAGCAUAGUGGGGCUGUAUAAGUACGACUACGGGCUCCGGAUGGACACGCGCAGUGCGGUGGUGGACCUAACCAUGUUCGUGCUCAUCACAGUUCUGGCGUACAGCCUGAGAUCCGAGAUCUUCCAACAAGUUCUCAUGUUUACUACGAAGCAGGAGGAGAGAGACAGGCAGCGAGCGGCCGAGAUGUUAGCAGCGUGGCAGCGGGAGCACCUGAAGCACCUGCAGCAGGCGGAGGAGCGGCGCAGGCAGCGCAGCGAGGAGGUGCAGCGCAUGAAAGACGGCAUGCGCCGCCUGCAGCGACACCUCGACCUCCUCAACUCUGGCAGUCCAGGGGGGAGGCGAGGGGUGGAGAGGGGUUGGCGAGUCCAGGGGUGUUUAGACAGGCGCAGCAGCACCAGCAGCAGCUGCUGCAGCUGAUGCUGGCAGGAGGGAGAGUGAGGGGAGGAGGGGCAGUGGAGGAGAGGGAGGUGGAGGAGGAGGAGGAGGUGGAGGUGGAGGGGGGUGGGUAGGAGCUGGGGGGAGAGGGGAGGUGGAGGGGGCUGGAUGGCUGGUAGAUCGGGCUUUAGCUCCCCUUCCACCUGCACCAUCUGCUGCUGCAGCUGCUGCUACGACUUUUGCUGCUGCUGCUGCUGCUGCCCAUAAUACAGACCAUCUUCCUCAGUCAGACACAGCAGGUCAACUCCCCCCCACCUCCCUCCUCCCUCCCCCCGGCACUCCCCCCCCCCAACCCACACACUCAAGCACUUUCUCCACUCCUUCCUCCUCCCCACACCCUCAUACCCAACCCUCCCCUCCUACGCCUCCUCCUCCCACUCUCUCCCUCCUUCCUCCUCCCCCUUUUUCCCUCCCCCGCUCUACCCCCCUUCCACCACUGCCCCCCAGCUGUACCUCCCCCGGCUGGCCCUUCCCCCAUGUUUCCAGGGUUUUCUGACUCUUCCCCCAUGCUCCCCUCUGCGUCUACUGGUCCCUCGUUCAAUACGGUUAUGGGAAGAGCUCGGGCUGCGGCUUUGAGGGCACAGGCCAGCCGGGCAGGGGAGGUAUGGAGGGGAGGAGUGGAAGGAGGAGUUGAGGGGCAUCAGCAGCUCAUUCACUUUCCUCAACCCAUACUGCAUUGGAACCACCGACAACAUCAGUACCACCGUUAGCAAUAGCAAUACCAUCAGCAUCAGCAGCAGCAGCAACCGCAGCAGCAGGACCAGUGGAGGGAAUUGCGUUCUCGGGCGUUCUCCCUCUCCUCCCCUCCCUCUUCUUCUCCUAGCACCACCGCCACCCACCCUCCCAGCACUGCCAGCACCAGUGCUGCUAACAGCCUA